AUGUAUUAUCCUCUAUUCUGGAAAAGAUAUCCACACAAUUACACUAUUAUUGCGGAUAAUAGAGAGAGCUAUGAAGGAAAUGAUGAGAAAACUACUGCACGAGAACUUUAUCUAGCAAAAGCACGGCAUAAGUUAUUCGAGGUAAUACAUUAUUGUCUUACCUCUUAUGAAUGCCGAUUUCAGCAAAUAUCGCGAUAUCACGCAUGGCCAAACGAUCAGAUUCCACCAGUUUGUGAAUCAUGCGAUAACUGCAUCAAACGUGAACGUGAAAAGAAUAAAGUAAAACAAACGGAUGCACGAUUAGAAAUUCUGGACAUGCUACACGUUAUAGAUGAAUUAUGCAAGAGAAAUGAUAAACUAAUUACACCAGCAGAUGUGGUAGAUAUUUUCAGUUGCUCAGAUAAUGAGCGUAUCCGAGAUAGAGAGUUAAAAUUGCCUAAUAUUUGUAAUCGCCCAAAACCAAAAAUAUUACAUACAAAAGAUUUAGUUAAAUUAGCGCUAUCUGAUCUGGUUUGUCGUGGACUUGUUAAGCAGACCAUUUUGUUAGAAAUAAGAAAAAAUACAACAUACCUAACAUGCAGCGUAGUAAUAGAAGGUGUAAUGGAGAGUGCGAACUCGCUUGCUCAAACGGAAACUUGGCUAUACUGGACAACAAAACUAAAAAUUUGA